CAUCAACACGAAUGCUGACGAGGCCCGGGAACGUGCAUUAUAAAUGCUUCUUAACCGAUCGACUAUAAUGAAACCAAACAGCAAAGCUUCCAUUAUGAGAAUUUUCCCCCUUGUUAUCUUUUAGAUGAACGUUUCGUUGAAUGAGAUGGAAAUCGGGAGGGCAAGCUAAAUAGUUUGAUCGCUUCGGGUUCGUUCACUUUGGCAAUGUGUUGUCUAUGCUGGUUCCGGGUCCGCAUGGCGUGGAGGUCGCAGUGUUGCAUGGCGGUCUAGGUGGGUGCCAGGAUCUUUGGUUGAUAAUUUUCUUGAAGGAAUUUUGGAUCUGAAUUGAUGGAGAUGGAUGAUCUGGAUCAUGUGUCUGAUUCUGUUGCCAUUAAGAAUGAUUUACACACCCGAGAACUAGAAGAGUCGAUUCAAGUGAACCCUCAUGGCUUUACUGCUGAAGCAGCAGGACAAAAAGUUAUUGGCCUUCUUCUUCAUACCACUGAGGGUGACAGCGAUGGGGCAAUGAGCCAAGCCCACCCCGUGACUGUCGUAACGGCAAACCCUGACCACACAGUCCAAGCAGUUACACUGGCUGACGGUACUACAGCCUAUCUACAUCCUACAAAAGAUGCCAAAUUUUUUGAUGGCACGACAGUAACGCUGGAUGAUGGUACCACUGCAAUAAUGCACACUGGUUUGGCAGAAAAAGCUGACAUGGUUACAGAAGCUGAGGCUACGGCGACCACAACGACAACGACCACCAAAUUUGUUGAUGGCCAACCGGUACAGUUGGAAGAUGGCAGUACUGCCUACCUUCAUCACCAUCACAAAGAGGGUCUUCAAGCAGUGCAACUAGAAGAUGGAACUACAGCUUACAUUGCUCACACUGCACCUCAGACAUUGUUCAGUGACACUGCAAGUCUGGAUGAUGGUGAAGGACUCAAUUUGGACCAUCUUAAUUCACAUCUUACAGAUGAAAAUUCUCUGAAUGAGGAUGACAUUGAUGUGAAACCCACUGGCAUUGCAGUAAUUACAAACUCCAGCCCAUUGACCACAGCAGACAAAGGACUUGCAAUUCCUGGAGAACGGUCCUAUCGAUGUGUAUUUGAAGGCUGUGAGCGUUUGUAUACAACACAACACCAUCUAAAGGUUCAUGAACGAUCCCAUACAGGAGAUCGUCCUUUCAAGUGCAAAUUUCCUGGUUGCAGAAAGGCAUUUGCCACUGGGUAUGGCCUGAAGAGUCAUACCAGAGUCCAUACUGGCGAGAAACCUUACAAGUGCCCUGAAGAAAACUGUGAUAAAGCAUUCAAGACAUCUGGGGAUUUACAAAAACAUGUUCGAACUCACACAGGUGAAAGACCAUUUAAAUGUCCCUUUGUGGGUUGUGAAAGAUCGUUUACCACAUCCAAUAUCCGUAAAGUUCACAUCCGAACACACACAGGUGAGAGGCCUUACACCUGUCAGGAAGACGGCUGUGGACGAGCUUUUGCUUCAGCAACCAACUAUAAAAACCAUGUCCGAAUACAUACAGGGGAAAAACCUUAUGUCUGCACUGUGCAAGAUUGUGGCAAGCGGUUUACAGAAUAUUCUAGCUUAUAUAAACAUCAUGUUGUUCACACUCAUUCCAAGCCUUACGUGUGCAACCAUUGUGGUAAGACAUAUCGGCAAACCUCCACGUUGGCAAUGCACAAACGGACUGCCCACGGGGAAGAGGUGACUGCUGAGAGUGAAGCAGCCCAACUCUUGAGUGGUGAACAGCCUCCAGAUAUUGACGAUGGAGGUGAGAGUCUUGAAAAGAAACCUCGUCUGCACUACAGUUUAAGUGCUGCUGAUGGAAGUGGUUUGCCUGAAGACAGUGAAGGUACACUCGUUAUCAACACCUCAGAAGGACAGGUGUGCUACACAUCUGAAGGCCAACAGAUAACGAUGAUGGCAGAUAAUGAACGUGUAAGUGUGGUGGCAGAAGACAACACAAUGGUUGCCCUGCAGGCGAUUCCCCAUCAAACACAGGCUGCUCUCCAACAGCACGGAAUGGCUCGCAUCAGUAUUGGAGGGGAUCCUAACCAACAAGUGUUUGUUGUAGCAGACCCUUCGCAAUUUCAUGCAUUUCAGCAACUUGCUGAGCAGCAACAGCAGCACUUUGAUGUCACCGAAGGUUUAGAAGCGGUUACAAACUCAACAGACGGCAGCAACUCAACAAGCGUGGCACCCAGUAACUGUAUUGUAUCUGGUACCAAUUCCGACGCAACAGCCAUAUUGACAUUUCACACGGAAUGAAAUCCAGAAAAAAAAAAGAGAAGGAAAAAAAGGUGAAAGCUACUUUAAUUUAAAGCCACAAAAACUCCACCACCCUUGCACUGUUUUUACUGUUUGAAAGGGAAGAAGACAUUUACGGAAAGGUCAGAGCAGACAGGACAAAAACCUCAACACAACAACGUACACACGUUUGGUGAAAUUGCUAAAUUUUGUUUACCACAGUUUAUUCUUUAAAUUUACCAUCUUCAUUCUGUGUCUUUUAUUAACGGAGACUGUUAAUGCCAAUACACAGAACCUGAAAUCAAUACUUUUUAAUUUGAUUUAUUGAUUGAGCAGAAAAGGAAUGACAGUAUUAAUAUAAGUUGAGAUAUAUAUAUAUAUAUGUGUGUAUAUAUAUAUAUAUAUAUAUAUAUAUAUAUAUAUAUGUAUGUAUAUAUAUAUGUGUAUAUAUAUGUGUAUAUAUAUUCACUAAUGUGCUGUGUACUUCAACAAAUCUUUGUAAGAACUUGUGUACAUGAAGAAUGGCAGCUCAGUCUGUUUUGAGAUCUGUUGAGUGAAACAUUUCUCUCUUGUGAGCUAAACUAAUGUGGGUGCAAUGAUACUUCUAGCUGUGAUCAAAAACUUCCUCUUUGUGCCUCAAAUUGGAAUCCACUGUUGACUUUGACGAAGACGACGAUGAUGAUGAUGAUAA